AAAGGUAGUGUUGAAACGUCAGUAUAAUCAUCAGGUUUAAAUGACUCGGAGUUGAGGUUGAGAGGAUUAAAUUUCUUAGCCGUGAUCCUAAUCUAGGAAAUUUCAUGUCUUAAUUUAUAGGAAAUUGCAAAUAAGGCAAAAAUGCCUAUAAUGCUUACCAAAAGAAAAGUGCAUGAGGAAAGGUGCACAUAGUAUUUAGGUGACACAGUUAGUAACUGCUAAUUGAUUUCGACUUACACAUAUCUAAAAUUCUUGUUUGCGGCCAAACUUUCGACGGGUUUGUGCGCUUCAAGUGUACAAGUUGUUUCGUUCCGUCAAAUUUCAAUGUUUUGUGAAAUGAUAAUUGUGCAUUAUGAAGUUUGAAACAGCGAAAACGCCUUUGGAAAAAAGACGGUCGGUGGUGAAUGAAUGCACGGACACUCCGUGGCUUGUGAUUUUUAUCUUUUUCUGGUUUGCAAUGAUUGUCGUUGCCAUCUUCUCCUUUGUAUAUGGAAGCCCACAUAGGAUUCUAAAGGGCACUGAUUCAUUUGGAAAUAUCUGUGGUGUUUCACAUAAUGAAAAAUAUAAAAAAAAUCCUUUGUCGGGUCUAAAUAUGAUUGAUAGGCCGGAUCUAUUUUUUCUUGAUUUUCAAGAUUUUAAGAAAGCUCUAAAAAUUUGCGUCAAAAGUUGUCCAGAGAAAAAUAUUACCAACUCCCGAGAUCUACAUAGAUAUCACAUUCGUUCCGAAAAUAACUUAUGUCGAUACGACUUUAAUGCGAGCUACCUGUCUCUGCCAAUUUCAGACAACAUAAACUACUUUAACAACUUAGGGCCCUGCCCAAGGCUUCCUGUCUAUGAAAGUCAUGUUAUAUUGCAUAAAUGCAUUCCGAAACUUGAUACUGUUACGGAAGAACAUUUUAAGCGUGAAAUGUUUAACUCUUGGAGUAUUAUUGACUUUUUCUUAAUUGAUCUCUAUUACAAUUGGAUAUCAAUAAUAUUAAUCGUUAUUUUAGCUUCAGUGUUAUCUUCUUUAAUAAUUGCUUGUUUAUACUGGUUGACCAGCAUUAUUUCCUGGUGUAUUUGCGGUUCUACUAUUACUGCUGUUUUCUUUUUCAAUGCACUACUUUGGUGGACAUAUUAUACUGACUCAAAUGAUCGGAAAAAUAGAUCGCAUGCGAACUUUCAGAAUGAAAUUGGAAUAUUUGUAUUAUCAGCGCUUUCGACUAUUGUAAUGAUAGCUGGGAUAACAAUUGUUUAUUUGCUGCGAUCCAAAUUAGAAAAACUGGCAAAAAUUCUGGAGAAAGCAGGGACGUGUCUUUCUAAUUUACCAAGCAUAUUUAUUCUUCCCUUUUUAGCACUUCUUAUGAUAUUUAUGCUAUUUUCCCUGGGAGUAUAUGUAAUUGCUUGUUUAGCAAGCUCUGGUUAUCCGCAGAUCCAAUCAACCAUUCCGAUCAAUAGCCUUGCAGAUAAUGAAACAAAUUUUUCAAGUGAUUUACAUAAAUUUAAUACGAAGGAAAGUUACAGAUCGUUACACACUAUCGACUAUGUUGAUGCAUACUGUCUCCGAAAGAUGAUAUGGUUUUACAUAUUUGGGCUAUUCUGGCUGAUCGAAUUUGUUUUUGCGGGAAUGCAAUUAACCAUCGCAGGUGUUGUAGCACAUUGGUAUUUCGGCAAAUAUACGAAAACACCCAUUACCCAUAUAUUUAAAAACUUAAUUAAAUAUCAUUUGGGAUCUAUUGCUAAAGGAUCGUUGCUAAUUACAAUAUUCCAACCAAUUCGUAUUAUGCUUACAUAUUCAUACACAAGAUUGAAGAGAAAACAAAUCAAAGGUUCUAGAUGCGCGGGAUGUGGGUUGCAGAGCUGUGUUUGCUGUUUCUGGGUUUUGGACAAAUUUAUCAGAUAUUUAAAUUCCGAUGCAUAUGCUGUGAUUGCAGUAGAAUCUAUAAAUCUUUACCCUGCAGGUGGUAUAGCAUGGAAUUCCAUUGUAUCCGGCUCAACAGAAAGCACUGCUCUGCGACACAUAGCGGAUUUUGUACUCCUACUCGCUAAAUUCUUGGUAGCAAUAUUUUCUAGCUUCAUGAGCGUUUUACUACUACGAGGCUCGAAAAUUGCAGAUCUUUCAUCGCUACUCUGGCUUUUCUCUUUCGCACUUGGCUUUUUGAUAGGAAAAGUGCUUUUGACAUUAUAUAAGGCUGUAAUUGACACUCUAUCCUUAUGUGACUGCGAGAGAAAAAUUAUGAACAAUCAGUCUAGACGAUGGCCACUAAACAAGAACGUAAGCCCCAUUGAAAUAGAGACAGCAGUUGGAACUAAUGAGACAGUAUCGCCUUUUGAGAUGACAUUAAUGAUGGCUCACUAACAAGUUGUCUUUUACUUACGUAAAGCAAAUAACCUGAAUUGUACGUUUUCUAAUAAAUCGUUUAUUGCUAA